UCCACCACUGCCAGCAGGUGCUCGUGGCAGGCUGCAGAGCCGCCUCACAGCCUUACUGUACACACGGAUGGAGGAAUAACUUGGCGACAUGGCGGAUCGAGAGAAGAGGAAACCUGGCUCUCCGUCGGGUCGUCUGCCCCGCGGUCGCGGCAGCAUCCGCGUCAAGUCACCGGCCGGCUUCAGGCUGACGCACGACAUCAGCCUUGACGGAUUCGAGGAUGACGACCUGUCGGAGAUCACGGAGAUCACCGAUGAGUGCGGCGUCAGCCUCAACUGCAACGGCCUGGAGAUCAAGGGUCACAUGCGCCGGGGAACCAGUAGCAUGUCGGGGAGGGCGGAGCUAGGCGCCGUGGGCCACCUCCAGGCGGAGAUGCUGCAUUUGGAGCUCAUCGACGGGGCCGACGGUUACCGCGGCGACACGGAAUCCUCCAAGGUGUCGGCCGUGGCAACCCCGACCGCGGCGACCAAGGACUCCGCCACACCUGUUACCAUGGACACCUACCGACCCAAGAGACCCACGACCCUUAACCUCUUCCCCAUCGUGCCGCGCACUCAGGACACAUUAAACAACAACUCUUUCGGGAAGAAAUACAGUUGGCAGGAAAAGGUUUCCCGGUCGUCCUCCCCUCAGAAAACAGGCGAGGUCUCCCCCCCCCAUGAGCACAGCUGCCUGAGUGACGAGGACAAGAUGCAGGGCGGGGGCGCCCAGACCAAGGACCGCGGCACCUCCACCGACGCCCCCUGCAGGCACGGCAAGGCCCAGCAGAAGCCCCCGGCGCCGCCCCCCCCGCCGCAGAACUACACCCCCGGACCCCUGCACCCGGCCGGGGCGGGCCGGGCGGCCGACGCGGCGGCGGCGGAGCCCCACCCCCACCGGGAGAGGAUCCGCUACCACACGGCGGACGUGCGUCUGGAGCCCACCGAGGAGAUCUACCUGACGCCCGUGCAGCGUUCGGCCGACGCCCUGGACCCCCCCGCCGACAAGGAGCGGCCCUUCCUGUCGCAGCAGGCGGAGCAGGUCCGCAUGUCCGUCAGCUCCGACACCGAGGGCCCGCCCCCCUACCAGCCCCUCCCCGACCGGACCGACGCCUCCAUCCACGAGGAGGACGACGACCUCGAUCGCCGCGGCGACCGCGCCCUUCGUCACCACGGCGACGACGAGGACGACGACGAGGAGGACCAGUACGAGGACGACGAGGUGUACAUCCCGCCGCCGUCGUACGCCUCCUGCGUGGAGGCCCUGAUCACUCCCCCGCCGGGACACACCCCCGCCCCGGACCUCACGCCCCGGGCGGAGCCUGGCGGGGCCGGCUGGGGCGCCAUGGCGGUGCUGAGGGGGACGGGCGUUGGCGUGGAGUACGUGGACGCCGGCGACGACAACUACGGCGCCGGCGAGGACGAGGACGUGGACCGCGUGAUGAUGGACGGCCGGCGCCGCCGCAGGAGGAAGGGCGGGGAGGCGGGGGAGAAGGGAGGCGGAGCCGGCGGGAAGGCCGCGCCCCCGGCCAGGACUUCCAUGAGCUCGGAGGCCAGCGGGCUGUCGUACGACUCAGUCAAGUACACGCUGGUGGUGGACGAGCACGCGCAGCUGGAGCUGGUCAGCCUGCGCCACUGUUACCACGGCUACAGUGACGACAGCGACUCGGCCACCGUCUACGACAACUGCGUGUCCUCGCCCUACGAGUCGGCCCUCGGGGAGUACGGCGAGGAGGAGGAGGAGGAGGAGGAGGAGGAGGGGGAGGAGGAGGGGGUGGGGGCCAGAAGGAGCGAGGGAGGGGCGAGGCGGGAGGCCACGGCGUGCCUCUCGGACGAGUCCACCCCCGACGGAGACCUCCACUUCUCCAAGAAGUUCCUCAACGUCUUCAUGAACGGACGUUCUCGCUCUUCCAGCGCAGAGUCCUUCGGUUUGUUUUCCUGUUUGAUCAACGGAGAGGAGAGGGACCAGAGUCACAGAGCUGUUUACAGGUUCGUCCCGCGCCACGCCGACGAGCUGGAGCUGGAGGUGGAGGACCCCCUGCUGGUGGAGGUGCAGGCGGAGGACUUCUGGUACGAGGGCUACAACAUGCGCACCGGCAGCCGCGGCAUCUUCCCCUCCUACUACGCCGUCGAGGUCGCCAAGGAGGAGGCUGAGAGCGAGAGCUCCCCAGCGAAGAGCAGCGAAUGGAUGGACAGAUACCGGAUGAAAUUCCUGGGCUCAGUCCAAGUGCCCUAUCACAAAGGGAACGAUGUGCUGUGUGCAGCCAUGCAGAAGAUCGCCACAAAUAGGAGGGCGACCGUUCAGUACAACCCGCCCUCAUCGUGCAUCCUGGAGAUCGAUGUCAAAGGCAUCAAGCUUGUGGUCCAGGAUGACUACUAUGCUUGUGACCAGAGCCAUGAGUGCAACCACUUUUUCCAGCUGAAGAACGUCUCAUUCUGCGGCUUUCAUCCGAAAAACAGCAAGUAUUUUGGCUUCAUCACCAAGCACCCGGCAGACCAGAGGUUCGCCUGUCACGUGUUUGUCUCGGAGAACUCCACCAAACCCCUGGCUGAGUCAGUAGGGAAAGCCUUCCAGUUGUACUACAAACAGUUUGUGGAGGUGUCGUGCCCGACAGAGGACAUCUAUCUGGAGUAGCUGAGCCACGCCUCCCUGUACAGUACACCGUGUGACCCCGUGUCCUAAAAUAGACCUUUUGCAUGAAGGAACAAAACACUGAAGCAAAAUCGUAAGAGUUUACUUUACCGGAAGACAUCUUUGAAAGGGGAACAAGAAGCCAAGAGGAACAAGCGUCGACAACAAGGUCCUUUUAAAAGAAGGAGCAACUAUGAAGAUAUCUGUGUACUUAAAUUGGAAUCCAUAAGGGGGUGGCCAUGCUCUACCACACAGAUAAAGCACAAACGUUAUCGUGCCAGAGUGGUUGCUCUGGUACUGGUUAGCAUCCAGCCACAACGCCCCCGUGGGUCACACAAACCCAGGGGAGUUCACAGGGGAGGACUAGUCCAGGGAGACCACUCCAAUAUCGCAACUUCACAUUGUUUCUCUCUGCAGGUCAGUCUGACCUCCAGUUGAAAACCUCUUCCAAAAAUGACAAAAUGAUAGGACCAAUCAGUGCUAGGGGAAGGGGCUUCAGUUCAUGAUGACCAAUGAGGGCCUCAGACUGCAAAAUAAACAUUAAGGCGGGGCCAAAAAGAAGUGUAGCAAUCUGAACAGUUUUCUCUGAAAUUCACUGAAAAGCGAUGUAAACAGAUUGAAACAGAGAAUGAUGCACUGAAGGACUUUCAGUCGAACAACGUAUCGCAGGUCCAUAUUUAGAAAGCAACACCUGUCCAACCAAGUCCAGGACAAUAUCCAUUGUGAAAAUAUGUGGAUGGUCUCACUGGGCUGGUGGGGUCUACCUUUGCUUCUGGGAGGGUGGGCUUAAAAGGGGCUUGUGUUCUUGAGUGUGAUAUUUUGAUGGAUAAGCGCGAGUUAAGCGGUGGUUUGAUGUUGUUACGCCUCGAGUAAAAAGGUUGAUUAAGCUUUACGUUAGAAAGAGGAAAAAGCAAAACAAAGGGUCGGUGACGGACUUAAAACCAUGGCCACUAACUCCCUGAGCCUGACGCCCAGAGUCCCCGUGGUGGGGGCGUGUCCUGUGAACCCCAGGGGGCGGAGCUCCAGGCUGCGACACACAACAUGGGAGCUAGCACGCCGUGAGACUAGACUUAAUAAAUGAUGCCAACAGGUCGUGGAAUAACGCCUUUCUGGCAGCUUCUAUCAGUCGUAUUACGAAGCUGAGCUAAUAGACGUACAUAAUUUGCUUAGUAACAGUAAAGCCUUCCUUCGUCUGUUCCCUCUCUUUUUUGAGUAAUACAGGGAAUCUGCGGGGUAAAAUCUACUGAAAUAACGCUAGUUCUCAGUUUAGUCUAUUAGCGGUUAACGCUCUCUGGUGUAUGAUUAAUGUUGAUUUACACAACCCUCCAUCACAGUGUAACACCACCGAUAGCGGCGUAGUCAAAGUCUGAACAAUUGGUAAUGAUGUACAUGCUGUCGGCAGUGUCAGACGUUUGAAGAUGAUAGCAAAUUAUAGCGAGUUAGCCUGGAGGUGCUAAAGCGAGAGAGGUGAUUCCUCUGUCAUUGGAUUCUUACUAUAGUGCCUGUUCAUCUUACCAUACAAAUAUCGUGACCUAAUGAACAUUGUUAAGACUUUUAUUACUUUAAAUGUUGAACGAUGAGAAGAUUUGGUUAAUUUAUUAUGAAAGGUGAGGUGUGUGUCAGUGUGGAUGAACAUUGCGGUACUUUUUUGGUUAAGUAUAAUCACCAGUCGUAAACUAAUCUUUUAUUUUCACAAAACGAAAACUUCAGUUGGUGAGUUCAUUAAAGAUCUCACCAUUAUCAAUUCCCUUUAUCAAAAGCAAAUCAGGCGAGUGUGGAGGAAAAGUACUGUACAGUAUUAACGGGGUGUACAGAUAUGCCAUAUAUAAAUACAUAAUUUAAUAACUGUAAUUACAAAUAUGACAAUGUAUGAAUUCAAUAUAUAGUAUGUGGAAGAUAUCUUAUUUUGACAUUUUUUAGGUGUGAAUUAUUCUUUAUUUAAAAACUUUAAUGCGGAA